AAUCAAUUCCGAGGAGAGUGCAUUGCCAACAAAUAUUAAUGAUAAACUAUAUUCCAAUUCACGGCAAUCUGGGUACGAAUAAAUGGAAAUUUAUUCUAAUAAAACACAAUAUUAAGUCAAGAAAUCGUAUAUAGACAGACAGUCAAGCUUAAUCAGCCGGCCGGUGCUUUCGUGUAUUAUUCAUAAGUUUAGCUUAUAAAUAAAUAAAAUGGCGCAAGAACGAUGCAUGUUUUUGCUUAUAACAGUUUUGUGUUCUGUUUCAAGUGUAAAAGUGUUUCCCAAGGAUGGCGCGGCGGUGACAUUAGCUUGUGGGUUCAAUAUCAAGCCAUCUCCAGCUGAACCUCUAGUGUCUACUACUACUACUACUAGUGUUGCUUAUACUGCUAUAAAACACACUAUCCUACCACCUCAAAUAGCAGCUACCUUUGAAUUGGAGACAAAACUACCGUCGCAGGCGAAAUACACAUUGUUUCCUGUGUUUUCUACUAUAGAACCCACUCCGAAAUUGACCGCCAUUAAAUUAGAACCUUCAUCAGGUGUUACUGCAGAUACGGUUGAUUUUAUAGCACCGAGUAGUGUUGUAAAAAUUAGCACAUUAGAAACGUUUGAUGUACCUGCGAAUGAUCUACUACCACCCAAGAAAGAAUGACCGCUAUAAACAAAAUAAAAGAACACUACCUCAUACUAAGAUUUGGAAGAUAUAAUUAUACUGAUACAAAAUAAGGAGAUAAAUUUGUUAAAUUAUUUGCUCGAUCCACGCAACUGCUGUCAGCAAAACAAUAUACGUUGGACUUCCCAGAAGACUCGACAAACCACUCUUAAAGAGAACAUACAUUACACGAAUGACUUGCUCUUCACGUAUUUAUAAUUUGUCUGAGUUUAAAUAUGCUGGAAACAAAACAUUUAUUGAGAUAAAAUAUGGUAGAAAACUGAUUGUGGAAUAACAUAAAUGCUGCUAAAACAUACUAUCAUGGUAUCAAGCCAAAAUUUAUAGUUCGAAUUUUGCGUCAACUCACAUUUUAUGACCUGAGUCGGCUUUAUUAUUGGUCAAUGUCUCACGACACUGACAUACUUUUUGUUUCAACGAUUUUUAAAUUAAGGCCCUAACUUAUUAUUUCUGUUGUACACAAACCAUAAUCAGUAGUUUCUUACUAUUAUUAAAUUUGUAGUGACCUUUAUGCCUUUUUGGCAUCAAUAUCUUCUGUGUGUUUUUAUUUUUAUCACUGCAGCCGUGAUGAAUUAUGACGAGAUGCUUGUUUGGAGUAAGCUUGUAGAUUACCCAAAUGCUCACCACAACUCCUUGCUCUCAAUGGAUUAAUUUACUUGUCUAUUAUUGCCUUUUGCUGCUUGUCGUUUUUUAAUCAUUUCACUUUUUAGUAAAUAAGAAAAACUUCAAAUUACUGAGGAUUGAACCUUCAACCGCUACUAUUGAACACGUUAAUUCGUAGAAGGAAGAUAAAAUAUAUGUUAUGUUUGUUUUAAGUUAUAUUCAAAAUUGUAAAAAAAAUAUGAAAAUGCGACGUUAUUUUCUUGCCAAUCUAUGGCAAGGCAACGUGUAAUUUGAAUAGUAAAUAUCUCAACUAAGGUAGAUAAUAUCAUAAUAACAACGAAUACUCGCUUUAUACUUAACUAGUUUUCUCUACUUAGUCAUUUUUGUAAAAUCUUUACUUUUAUAAAUUGUACAAUGAA